CAGAUCUGCAAAGAACAAAAGAAUUUCGGGUUUAUUGGUUAACCGAUUAAAUAAAUAUGACUGAAUACGUGAUCGAUUUACGUUCGGAUACCGUGAGUGUGCCAACUCCAGAAAUGCGCAAGGCCAUGUUCGAAGCAGUUGUUGGUGAUGAUGUUUAUGGCGAGGAUCCAACUGUAAAUGCCUUAGAGGAGAAAGCGGCUAAGUUAUUAGAAAAGGAGGCAGGCCUUUUUGUACCCAGCGGCACUAUGGGAAAUUUGUUAGCAUGUAUGGUGCACUGUCAACAGCGUGGCUCGGAAGCAAUUGUGGGUGAUUUAUCUCAUGUAUAUCUCUAUGAGCAAGGUGGAGCUGCUCAUAUCGCUGGCGUGCAAUUAGCCACACUUCCAAAUAACGAGGAUGGCACCUUCUGCCUCGAAGCGUUGCGACGCAAGGUGCGCCUAGAGGAUGAUCAUGAGCCAAUUACUUCGUUGGUAAUAGUUGAGAAUACACAAAAUAUAUGCGGCGGCAAGGUAAUACCGCUGGAGUGGCUCGAUAAGCUGGCCGCGUUACUCAAGGGCGACAAACGGCUACAUCCGUACGGCAAACGGAUUGCUCUGCACAUGGACGGUGCGCGCAUCUUUAAUGCCGCCGAAGCGUUGCAGGUGCCUGUGGCGCGAAUUGCGCGCGAUUUCGAUUCGGUUAAUUUUUGUUUGAGCAAAGGACUAUCGGCGCCGGUGGGCUCCAUACUGGUGGGAUCAAAAUCCUUCAUUAGACACGCUCGCCGUCUGCGUAAAGCUUUAGGUGGCGGCAUGCGGCAAGCUGGCAUACUGGCUGCUGCAGGAAUCGUAGCAUUGGAUACAAUUGUGCCUCGUCUGGGAGCAGAUCAUGAUAGGACUCGACGCAUUGCUGAAGCCAUUCACAAAACUCAAAGUCCCAAUGUCACUGUAGAUUUACCCAACGUUCACUCGAAUAUUUUACUAAUUCGUCUACCAAAUGCGAAAUUCGGCGCUAGUGAAUUUGCCAAGCGUUGUGCUAAAGUCACGCGGGAGGAACUGGCAGCUGGCGUGUUUGGUGCAAACAAAGAGCAGGGUAUUGUGUUGCAAGUGAGUGCACGCGAUUGGGAAUUCGCACGAAUUGUGUUGUACCACCAGAUUAGCGAUGCAGAUGUCGAAUUGACAAUUAAGAAACUCAAUUACAUAAUAAAUGAAGUCGAUGGCCAACCAGCGGCUUAAUUUUAAUAUGACUUUCGAAUGCAUAUAUAUUGUAUGUAUAUUCAAUAAAUACGGUGAUAGAUUUACAUAA